AUGGUUGGCGGGCUGUUCAAGGGAAGCGGCGGGAAGGCGAGAGAGGAGCCGGGGCGAUCAUCAGCAUGGCCAAAGUGUGGCAGCACCCGUUCCUGAAUGUCUUCAAGCACUUCAAAGUCGAGGAAUGGAAAAGGUCCACCAAAGAAGGAGACGUGACAACCGUGAUGGACAAGACUCUGAAAGGCACGGUGUAUCGCAUCAGUGGUUCAGUUCCUGCUAGCAACUACCUCCAGCUUCCCAAGACCAGCACACAGUCGCUAGGCCUUACUGGUUGCUAUCUCUACAUCCUUUUCAAGCCCAUGCCGACCAAAUAUUUCGUGGUGCAUCUGGAUGUUGCCACAGAGGACUGCCAAGUGGUCCGCAUCUCCUUUUCCAACCUCUUCAAGGAGUUCAAGUCGACAGCGACAUGGCUGCAGUUCCCCUUCAUCUGCGGCGCAGCCAAAGGGUCCCUCUAUGAAAACACAGCCAAGGCGGCCAAGCGAGAUCUGGUGGGCCUGGCUCCCACCAACGUGCGCUGGACUUUCCUAACCCUUGACCUUCGCCACAUCCUCUCCCUGUACCUGAACCGAAACUACAGCCACCUGAAGAACAUCAAGCUCUGCUCCAACCUCCUGGUGAAAAACCUGUUCACUAGCAACUUGCUCUUCGACCCAGGUGUGCCCUUCUCUGAAGCUCAUCAAUCCAAGCUGGUCUCGAGCGGCCUCUCCCCUGUUCCCCGAGAAAUGGCCUUCCCUGUGCCGAAGGGUGAAAAUUGGCACGACCUCUACGAUUGCAUCCGGUUUCCUUCCAGUGGAUCCAAGAUGCCUUUUGACUCUAUACAGAAAGGCACUUUGAAGACAGCUGCAGAUUCUCCUGAUCAAGAUGGCCCAGUUAGCCACCUCCCCAAGGAAGUAACGCUGAGCAAACCUGUUCGGGACCGAGUAUCUCUCAUCCAACAAAUCACCAGUCCCAAAGAGAUGCCUCGCCAGCCUCCUCUUCUAACCAAGAACAUCCCUAGAGUGAAGCUGGCGACCUUCGGACCGCCCCAGGAGAGGGACCAAACCGGCUGGAGCGAAGGGCCGCAAGCGGGAGGCGAUUCCUGCCUCCGGUUGUCUCGGGUGGCUGACGGUGGCAUUCAUGUGUACGCCCACAAAAACGGGGACGUCACCAUCCAUGCGGUCAGGGUUGAUUCGGAUGAGGACGCCUCUGCCAAAGUGCCUGGAACGAAAGCGAUCUCUGCCCGGAAUUCUGCUCACUGCACGAGGCUCUUACCGGAUCCCAUCCUGAAGCUGAGGAGGAUUAUUGGGUUUGGAGGCUGCAGCACAAGAUGGGCGCUUUGGGCUGCCGAUGGCAGAGUGGUGGUCUACCCCAGCCAUGCACUUAUCGUGGCAGUAGUUCUGGAUUCCGGCAGACAGUGGUUCUUUGCUGGCCACACAGAUAAGGUGGCAGCGCUGGCCUUCAACGGGAACCGGACUCUGCUGGCCUCCGCCCAGAUCGGGCACCUGAGCAUGAUGCGUCUCUGGGACUUUGCAAGCACAAAAUGCCUCUCCAUGUUCAAAACGGGCUUGCAUUCUGUCUCUUGCCUCAGUUUUUCCUACAAUGGAAAUAUCCUGUGCGGCACAGGGAAAGACGGGCACGGGAAGACGGUGGUGGUCGUUUGGAACACGGCCCAGGUGAGCCGUGGCGGGGAGGUUGAGUUGCUGGCCAAGGCCCACACAGAUGUGGACAUCCAGACCUUAAAGAUCGCCUUCUUUGAUGAUACACGGAUGGUUUCGUGCGGCAGAGACAACGUGAGGCUUUGGCGGGUCCGGAGCGGAGCCUUGCGCUCCUGCCCAGUCAAUUUAGGCGAAUACCGUUCUCUGGAGUUCACCGACCUGGACUUCGAAGCGGGCCAUUCCACUGACCGGGAGCCAGAGGACCGGACAUUGUUUGUCUGCAGCAGGAGCGGGCAUGUUUUGGAAAUCGAUUACAAGAACGUGGCCGUCAGGAACGCCCGGCGCCUCCUGCCGUCUGAAACGCAGCACUCCCACCGACGGGAAAAGCAGACCUUUAACUCAGGUCCUGGGAUCGCGCUAAACAGUAUCUGUCUCUCGUCAAGUUUCUGUGCCACGGCCUCUGACGACGGGUACCUGCGCCUGUGGCCGCUGGACUUCUCUGAGGUCUUCUUGGAAGCAGAGCACGACAAUCCGGUAACUUCCGUCAGCAUCGGUCCGGAUGAUCUGAAGGUUUUGUGCACGACGUCCUCUGGGACUGUGGGCUACCUCGAUAUCCAGUCUCGGGACUACAGCACCAUUAUGCGCUCCCACACGGAUUCAGUUUUGGCGUUUUCGGUGGAGCGGCUGCAGCAGGAGCUGGUCACCGUCUCGCGGGAUAACACCAUCCGCAUCUGGAACCUGGAGACUAUGCAGCAGCUGUAUGAAUUCACCGCCUCGGAUGAAACGGCAUGCGCCGUGGCUUUCCACCCCUCACAGCCGAUCUUCGCUUGCGGUUUCGACACGGGCGUGGUGCGGGUCAUCAGCCUGGCGGCCUCGAAGCUCCUCGAGGAACACAAGCAACACCGGGGCUCCGUCACUGGCCUGGUCUUUUCCCCAGAUGGCGAUUUCAUGUACAGCGCUUGCAGCCACGGGACCCUGGCUCUGUACAACUGUGCCAUCCAAAAAAGCCACAUUGUCAGAGUUCUGGCCAACGUGGUGUCGCAAGAUGCAGGCCAUGGUCCUGACGCGCUGUCUCUCAGUGGCAACGGGCGCCUCCUGGCCUUCGUGGGACCUUCCAAAUACAUUGUGACGCUCAUGGAUGCCCAUUCCCUGGAUGAGCUACUCAGGAUAGAUGUGAGCAUUUUGGAUUUGGAGAGCACCGCUCUUGACGCAGCCGUGCGGCUCCGGUUCGCCCCGUCCUCUCUCGGCCACCUUUUGGUGACCACUUCCUCCCGGAAGAUCCUUGUUCUGGAUGUGAAGUCCGGACAGCUGAUCAGAACGGUGUCCCAGGUGCACAAGGAGUCGUGUUCUUCAUUGGCCUUGAGCUCGGACAGCCGCUACCUCCUGACUGCUGGCGAUCGAGUUAUCAAAGUGUGGGAUUACGGGAUGAGAUAUGAAGUCAACUCCCAGGUGUUCAUUGGCCAUUCGGAGCCUGUGCGGCAGGUGGGAUUCACCCCUGAUCAACGGCAGGUCAUCAGUGUCGGCGACGCCAUCUUCCUCUGGGACUUCCUGGGCGCAUUGACCAAGGAACCUUCCAAGGACAAGCAGGAACCGAGCAUUUCUUCAGUCAAAGGCUCCCCGUUGCCUCGGGAGGGGAGUGUCUCCUCCCCCGGCAGGUCCACGUGUGUGUCUGUGGGUUCGCCUCCCAGUCAUCCGAACUCCAGGCUCCGUCACGGCUCCCGAACCCAUUCCUCGAUUAUUGAGACCUUCAGAUCUCCAGGAGCUGAUGCUAGUCGAAUAAACAAUAGUCUCGAAGCGGUUCAGGAUUUGGCUCCCGGGGCCAGCGAUACUCCUCGCAAGCAGGCGCCUUUGCCGACGGUGAUCUUUCCGCCGUGCCUGGAUCUCAGCUCUAUCCAACGGAUGGUUCAUCAGGAUACCUUUUCAGAAUCUGAAGCAGAGGAGGAGGAGGCCUGUCUGACCGGCGAUGCCGGCGAGGCUGCAAACGGGGCCAAGGCCUGCUCUCUUCUUGCCACAAAGGAAGCCGCGAAGAAUGAGGAGCCAGCGGUUGUGGGCCCUGCCGUCAUUCAAGCUGGUUCAGGGGCCUGUAGCAGUGCACGAGAGGAAUGUCAGAAGGCAACGAAGGGGCCCGAACCUGAAAACAUCCGCCCGGACUGCUACAGGCAUUUCGCUCCUCGUUUCAAAACAUCGGUGCCCUCUUCCAAAGCCUUUGCCCAGACUCUGGCCGACGCUGGAAGGCUGAAACUGAAAGCUGUCAUUGGCUACAAUGGGAACGGCCGAGGAAAUAUGGUCUGGAACCCAGAUACAGGUCUCUUUGCCUACAGCUGUGGUUGUGUGGUCAUUGUGGAAGAUCUUCACUCGGGAUCACAACAGCACUGGCUAGGACAUCCUGAAGAGAUUUCGACACUGGCGGUCAGCCACGAUGCCCAGGUCGUCGCUUCCGCCUCCGGCCGCAGUCAAGGAAACCCGUGCUGCCAAAUCUGCAUCUGGGAUGUGCAAACCAGGGCCUGCCGGAAAGUGCUUUUCUACCACGAGUCCCAAGUACAGGCCAUGGCGUACUCCCGGGACGACCAGAUCCUCAUCACGCUGGGGGACUAUGCGGACAGGGUCAUGGCCCUCUGGAACACCCACACCUAUGAGCUGAUGUCAUCCACCCGCUUCUCCGAGCCCGUCCACGAAGUGGCCUUCAGCCCACUCCUGGCCGGGCACCUUGCCUGUGUGGGGAAAGGAGCCGUCGCCUUCUGGCUGAUGGAACUGCAGGGAACAGACAUCGGUCUGAAGGUUCACAGGGUCCCCGUCCCGGACGCCGUCGGGCCGGUGGAGCUGACCUCGAUCUGUUACGGCGCCGACUGCCUUCUGUACAGCGGGACCAGCACGGGACAGAUCUGCGCCUGGGACACGGAGACUAACCGCUGCUUCAUGACCUGGGAGGCUGAUGAGGGGGAGAUUGGAGUCCUGCAGUGUCACGGCAACCAGCUGGUCAGCGGCAGCAACACCAGGCGGAUCCGACUGUGGUCAGUCGCGGCGGUCCAGGAGCUGAGAGUCCGAGGUUCAAGUGCGAAAUCCAGCUCGGUGGUCUUGGAACAGGAGAUGACCCUGGACGGGACCAUCGUGAGCAUCACCUUUGACGCCGCCAUGGACAUGGGGAUCGUCGGCACCACCGCGGGGACUCUGUGGUACGUCAACUGGACGGAGAACACCAGCAUCCGGCUGAUCAGCGGGCACAAGAACAAGGUGAACGAGGUAGCCUUCAGCCCCGACGAGUCUCACUGCGCCACCUGCGGGGAGGACGGCAGCGUGCGGGUCUGGUCUCUGGCCAGCAUGGAACUGGUGGUACAAUUUCAGGUGCUCAACCAGAGUUGCAUGUGCCUGGCCUGGAGCCCGGUGCCCGUUUCCCUCAGCGGGGUAGAAGGCCAGCAUAUCGUGGCAGGCUACAGCGAUGGGACCCUCCGGGUUUUCGGUAUUUCCCGGACGGAGAUGGAACUGAAGAUGCACCCCCACUCAGUUGCUGUGAUGGCUCUCAGCUACUCCGCGGAUGGAGAAAUCAUCUUAUCCGGAGACAAGGAAGGCCUGGUGGCCGUCAGCAGCCCACGAACAGGGAUGACAAUCCGAGUCCUGACCGACCAUCGAUCGUCUCCCAUAAGCAUCAUUGACGGCACAAGGAAACAGCACGCUGAGCUUGGGGUGGAAGGCACUGAUCUGUGGCUGGCUGCGAGCGUGGAUCGGCGCGUGAGCGUCUGGGUGUCCGACUGGAUGAAGGACAAAUGCGAGCUCCUUGAUUGGCUAACCUUUCCAGCUCCUGCGGGUCCCGAGGUCCCUCGCCCUUUGCCUCCUAGCCUAGCAGCAUUCUGCCCUUGGGACAAGAGCACGGUCGUCUAUUCCGGUUUCGGGCUGCGGAAAGAAAUCCUUCUCUACAGUCUGCUGCAGAAACAGGUGAUCGAGAAAAUCCCCUUGCCUUUCUUUGCCACGGCGCUGAGCUUGUCUCCGACCGACCGCCUCAUAGCAGUUGGCUUCAGCGAGCGGCUGCUGAGGCUGAUCGACCGCACGGCAAAGACCGAACAAGACCACCCGGGCCACGACGACGUGGUCUCCCUCUGCAGAUUCACUCCGUCAGGGAACCGGCUCUUCACCAUUUCCUAUAAUGAGCUUUUGGUGUGGGAAGUCCGGAACGGAUGCUGAGAAAAGUCGUCUCCAGCGCUGCUUACACCUCUGGCCUGGAGCCAGAAAGAAAAGGACUCAGCCGCUGUGAUGCUACCUCGUGGUACUGGGAACCCAUGGCCAAAAUGUAAAUUGUCGCCAGGGCCCAGGGGUCUGAGUCGAUGCCGCAGACAGAACCGUGCACAGGGAGGAGCUGUUAUCUUGGCAGCCCGCAUUAGAUGUUUGGGGUAGGAGAGGUAUGCAGUGUGGCAAACAGCCAGUGGGUAAAGAGGCUAAGAGUGAACUUGUGGUGUGGUGGAGGGAGGUUUAUCCUCUGGAUUUCUGUGUCCAAUAUUCCACUUCCUGGUUGAUGUGAAGCGCUACCCUUCCUUGUUUUGGGGGGUCAUCUUUGCCACAGUCUUGCCUCUGCUUUUCCACCUUGCUCGAGGACAGCAGCUGGCGUUUCGCGUGCCCCGCCGGCUAGAGCUUUCCUUGGGACAAUUCCUGCUCUGCAUUUAAUCCGAUUUCAGGGGCAAAAACUGGGGUAGUUUUUAACUGCGCUCUUUCGCCUGAACAGGGCAGGGGGCCUUCCUCCACCUCUGUGUUGUUGUUUUUUUAAAAAGAGACUGACGGCUUCCUAAACCAAUCCAAGGCCAAGCCAUCUCCCUCUGGCCCGUUCAUAGCGUUCCAUUUCCUGGCAGAGAAAAGAAGGCAGACUGAUAUUCAGCCAGACUUUGGGAAUCUUGCUUGAGAAACGCAGAAGGGCACAGGAGACGGCAUUUCUCCGAUGGUGUACUAGUUGGCUUGAGAGACUGGAUUGUUGUUAUUGACAGGUGUGUAUUCACAAAUAGAUAAGCUCAUGAAGGUACAUUCCUCUGCUGUGGAUUCCUGUCCCGUCCCUCAUCCUUACCAUUUCUCAAUUAUGAUUUUACAGUUUUGUGUCUUAGAGAGAGCUUCUGUUGAUGAGCAAGUCUCCAAAUGGCUGUGUUUUCUCAGCUGUGGCAGGAAGUUAUAUAAAAGCACCCCCCCACACACCGAAAAAGCCCCCCACGAAUCCAGCAGGUACAAGAUAACCAGAUGGAAGGCAGCAGGUGGCAAAUGCAAACUUACCCUCUGUUGUUUUUAAACAGUUGCUUUUAUACACAAAAUGUUUAUCGUCGUCUGCCAGCGAAGCAACACAAAUAUUUUUAUACUCUGCAUUUGCAAGCCUAAUCCCUGCUUAGGUUUUAGAAUGCAGGAAUCACUAAAGUUCCGCUUCCUCCCCUUGAGGAAAAGGGAAAACCCAGUUCUAUCAGUCCACAGCGAUAUUUUAUUUACUGGUGAUUUGUUUUAGCAAAACGCAGAUGCCGCUUGCGCUUGUGGGGAACUAGACUCCUAAUAAAUUGGCGUUCUUUUGUAUUUUGAA